UUGUGUUAAUUGUUUGAAGCCAUAGGGCUGAGGCCACGAAGGUAGAAAAAGUUGGGGAAGAGAAGAGAGCGCGCGGAAGAGAGAGUGGUGGGGCUGUGGGAGAGAGACUGACGAGAGAAGAUCAGUUCCAGCGACGAGAAAAAACGGAGAGAGAUACUCCAUUUUCAACAACUCUAUCGAACAAUUUCUCACACAUUUUCUGUUCUCUCUAUCUUGCGUUUUCUUUCUACGUUUCCGUAAUUUCUUCCGAAUGAGCCGCUUAGGGUUCAAAUCGGUGGUCUAUCACGGCGACGUGCGUCUAGGGGAACUGGACGCUAUUCCGGCCACCGACCACAAUUUUCAGUUUCCGAACAACGAGAUUAGAAUCCAGCACAUAUCGCCGCCCAGUGAAAGAUGCCCUCCUCUUUCUGUUCUUCAGACAAUUUCUUCGUUUUCUCUCAGGUCUAAGCUCCAAUCUUCCUUGCCUGUUGAACAGCCGCACUUGAUCCAGCUUCACUACUCUUGCUUCCACGAAUUGAAGACGGCAAUUGUGUUGGUUGGGGACGAAGAAAUUCACCUGGUUGCAAUGCCGAGCAAGCAGAAGAAUUUUCCGUGCUUUUGGUGCUUUGCGGUGCCCUGUGGUCUAUAUCUAUCGUGUUUAGGAAUGCUAAAUCUCAGGUGUCUUGCAAUUGUUUUUGAUCUAGACGAGACGCUUAUUGUAGCAAACACUAUGAAGUCGUUUGAGGAUCGAAUUGAAGCUCUUCGAGUUUGGAUUGCGCGGGAGACAGAUCCAAUGCGUAUAUCUGGAAUGUCUGCUGAACUCAAGCGGUACAUGGAUGAUCGGUUGCUGUUGAAACAGUACCUUGAGAACGAUACUGUCAUCGAUAAUGGAAGGAUUUAUAAGGUGCAGCUGGAGGAGGUUCCUCCACUAAAUGGGAACUGCGAGAAAGUAGUUCGUCCUAUAAUUAGAUUGCUGGAUAAGAAUAUUGUUCUUACUCGCAUCAAUCCAGAGAUUCGUGAUACCAGUGUUCUUGUGAGGCUACGUCCUGCAUGGGAAGACUUAAGAAGCUACUUGACUGCCAGGGGACGUAAGCGAUUUGAAGUUUAUGUAUGUACUAUGGCUGAAAGAGAUUAUGCACUUGAAAUGUGGAGGCUUCUUGAUCCAGAAGCACACUUGAUUGCAACAAAGCAGCUUCUUGAUCGUGUUGUAUGUGUCAAAUCAGGUUCUAGAAAAUCUUUGCUGAAUGUCUUCCAAUCUGGUACAUGUCAUCCGAAGAUGGCAAUGGUUAUUGAUGACCGUUCAAAGGUUUGGGAAGACAAAGACCAACCACGCGUUCAUGUAGUUCCAGCAUUUACUCCUUAUUAUGCUCCUCAAGCAGAGACAGCAAAUGCGGUACCUGUCCUCUGUGUGGCAAGAAAUGUUGCAUGCAAUGUCAGGGGUUGUUACUUCAAAGAAUUUGAUGAGACUUUGUUGCGACGGAUUCUUGAAAUUUCCUAUGAAGAUGAUGUGGUUGAUCUACCACAUGCUCCUGAUGUGAGCAGCUACAUGAUGUCAGAGGAAGCUGGUUUUGUACCCAAUGAGAAUGUGAAUGCUCCAAUUGGUGAAGGAAUGAAUGGUGUUGAAGUGGAAAGGAGAUUGAAUCAGCCGGAUGAUAAGCAUAUAAUAGACAUGGUCAAUAAUCCUACGACAAGCAAUGUGGAUAUAAGAGCAGACGCUUCUCAGUUGCCUCCUCCUGUUAGUCCUAAUGUCACUGGACCAAAACCUUCAAGAAAUCUUCUGCCUUCUCAAAAGCCUGGUUUGCUUGGAGCUCCUAUACGACGAGAUCUCUCUACUGACCGUGAUUAUGACAUGAAGAGAGGACUCCUUGCUAUGAAACCUGGUAUAGAUCUCAGGACUCAGAACUUUGGUGAACCCCCUAUUCUCUCCAGAAUGCCUGUACAAAUACCAGCAUCCGGAUUACAGGUGCAAGGAAGUUCAUUAGUGGAUGAUGACUCCAGUAAAGGACAUCAAAAUAGUCGAUCUUCAGGAUUUAUUCAAGAACCUGAUGCUUCAAAAGCUGAUAAGCAUCGGUCUCAUCAGAACCCAUUUAGCAACAAUUCACAAGGUUUUACUUUCUACCAGUUGAAUAUGCAGGAGUCACCAUAUCUCAAAAUCGAGCAUCUAGCAAUAACAAAGAAUAUCAUAGUGAAACCGGGAAAGUUAAUAUAUCUCCUCCCUCUUUGUACAUUGGAGUUCUGCAAGAAAUUGGUCGUAGAUGCAGCUCAAAGGUUGAGUUCAAAACUGUUGUCAGCACGAGCAAGGAUUUGCAGUUUUCAGUUGAGGUUUUGUUUGCUGGCGAGAAGAUCGGUGUUGGAUUGGGUAAGACAAGGAAAGAUGCUCAACAACAAGCUGCUGAGAACGCGCUUCAUUAUUUGGCAGACAAGUAUGCUGCACAUAUCAGGCCUCUUUUGGGACCCGUGGGUGCAGAUAUCGACAAGCUUUCUAUUGGAGGUGAAAAUGGAUUUUUAUGGGACACUGUUGCUCCUGCUGCAGUUGACAAAUCGCCGAAAGAAGAAGAAGAUGUUUCUCACAAAGAAAACAAUUCCGAGGCUUCUGGUGAACCUGAGAGUGCUAAUUCUGAUGCGGCAAAUCAUGUACAGAAGCGGCAAACUUCCCCGAGACCAUUACCCAAUAAACGAGCAAAGGAAGAAGAGCUACAUGGUUCUCAAUAUCUUGCCGCCUCCCGACAGCAGAAGAAUGGGCAUUCCAUAACAUGAACAGCCGACCGAGAGAAUAUGUUAAUUUUGAAGACAAAUUUUGUAAGCAGGCCUACAAUUUGGCAUUUACAUAGGACACAGCUUCUUGCCUCCAGAGGGCCUUGAGGUGAAGAAAAGUUCUUCCCUUUUUUGCUUUUGGUUGUAUAAAAAAAAGGGCUGUAAUUUUUUUGGGUUCACUCAGCCCUAUUUCCUACUGGCUUUGUUAGAAUCACAGGCAAAAAGCUGCCCAUCAGCGGCUGUACGGUGUUCUUUUGGCCUUCUUAGACAGACGACAGUUUAAAUCAUUGUGUCAUAUUGAAAUCAUAAGUAGCCUUUUAGCUUCCUUCAUUAGGUAUUAUAUUUUUGAAAAUUUUAUUUUGUUGAACUAUAUGUUAAACAUUAAUAAUCUUACAAAGAUCAACCAGCUUACUGUA